UGAGGCUGUAGUAAUUCAUUCCCAGUAGCGGAGCAGAGGAGAGGGUCGGGGAGCCGCGGCGGAAAGAAGCAAACGGGACUGUAUGUUUGACAAAGUGGACUUUCCCUCUCAGCGCGACCACUUUGGUGCACUUUGGCACCGCUCCGCUCUCUUAGGAGGCCGUUCUUGAACCCCUCUUUUAAAAAAAUAUAUAUAUUUAUAUUUGUGUGAAAACGGGACAGAGCGGCAUCCUCUGACCGGCCGCUGCGUCCCACUCGGAGCCGCGUCUCUUCUCAUCACCUCUUGCAGUGAUUCGGCGCAGGGACCUCCGGAGCCCGCUCGGUGCUGGGGGGAAAAAGUUACCGCGUUGGGAUGCUUGAACUUUUGGUUUGAUCGUGCAAGCGCGGCCGGAGAUGCUGCUCGUGGAGCUCGGUGCUGGUUGCGGAGAUUUCGUGUCGUAGACUGGGAGAUCGUUUUGCACAUUUGUUUGGAUUUAUCGCUGCUGCUGCUGCUGGUACCGGUGCCGCUCGACAGCAAGUCCCACAAGCUGCAUGUUCUAAAGACUGUGACGGACCUCAUCUACCUAUGAAAAACCCGAGCCUAUAAUGGAGUGCCGCCCGACUCUGGUUCCCCUACUGGUUUUGUUUGCUCUCAGAACUUUGGCAUAUGGAUCCCGACCCAGGUUGGAGGACGCGGCCCCUCGGAUCGUGGAGCAUCCGUCCGAUUUGAUCGUGUCCAAGGGGGAGCCGGCCACCCUCAACUGCAAGGCGGAGGGGCGGCCCACUCCGGUGGUGGAAUGGUACAAGGACGGCGAACGGGUCGAGACCGACAGAGAGGACCCCCGGUCCCACCGCAUGCUGUUACCCAGCGGCUCCCUCUUCUUCCUGCGGAUUGUGCACGGGAGGCGGAGCAAGCCUGACGAGGGCGUCUACGUGUGUGUGGCACGCAACUACCUGGGCGAGGCAGUCAGUCGCAAUGCGUCGCUGGAGGUGGCAAUUCUGCGAGACGACUUCCGUCAGACGCCCAGCGAUGUGGUGGUGGCGGCAGGGGAGCCGGCGGUCAUGGAGUGCAUCCCUCCCAGAGGUCACCCUGAGCCCACCAUCUCUUGGAAGAGAAACAACAUUCGGGUCAAUGAUCGAGACGAAAGGAUCACGAUCCGCGGAGGCAAGUUAAUGAUUUCGAACACCAGGAAAAGUGAUGCCGGCAUGUAUGUGUGCGUGGGAACCAACAUGGUCGGCGAGAAAGACAGCGAUCCUGCUGAACUGGUGGUCUUUGAGAGGCCAGUGUUCAUUAAACAGCCGGUGAACCAGGUGGUUUUGGCAGAGGACAUGGUGGACUUCUUCUGCGAGGUGCACGGAGAUCCGACCCCUACCGUCCGCUGGCGCAGAGAGGAGGGGGAGUUGCCCAGGGGCAGAUCUGAAAUCCGCAGCGACAACAGCCUGCGUCUGACUCAGGUGCGGGCCGAGGAUGAGGGCACCUACACCUGCGUGUCAGAGAACAGCGUGGGCAAAGCCGAGGCGUCGGGCACGCUGCAAGUGCACGUCGGUCCAUCCUUGCCCCCUCAGAUCGUCGUCCGGCCCCGGGACCAGAUCACAGCUCCGGGGCGCACCGUAACCUUCCUCUGCGGCACAAAAGGGAACCCUCCGCCAGCUGUGUUCUGGCAGAAAGAAGGCAGCCAGAUCCUGCUGUUCCCCAUCCAGGAGCCGUCGCAGUCGGGCCGUUUCUCCGUGUCGCUGAGUGGCGAGCUGACCAUCGCUGACGUCCAAGUCGGAGACUCGGGCUAUUAUAUCUGCCAGGCCAUCAGCGUGGCCGGCAGCAUCCUGACCAAGGCCCUGCUAGAAGUGGAAAGCGCGCCCUCAGACCGGGUCCCUCCCAUCAUCCGCCAGGGGCCGGCCAAUCACACGUUGGCUCCUGGUGCCACUGCUCAGUUGCAUUGCCACAUCAUGGGCAACCCCAUACCUAGCAUCCAGUGGGAGAAAGAUGGCCAGAGGAUCCUGGGAAACGAUGGUCGGAUCAGCUUGAUGGACAAUGGCACCUUCCAAAUCACCAACCUCCAGGAAACGGACUCUGGAGUUUACACCUGCCUGGCUUCCAGCUCCAGCGGAGAGACGAGUUGGAGUGGAGUCCUCACAGUCAAAGAGAGCGCAGACCAGUCAGUGGCCCAGGCCACCGAGCCUUUCCAGCUGCCGGGUCCGCCACACAAACCCAUAGUUACAGAUGUGUCGAAGAACAGCGUCUCUCUGACCUGGCAACCCAACGCCCACGAGGGGGGAGCCGCCGUCACCUCGUAUAUCAUCGAGGCCUUCAGCCAAUCAGCGGGCAGCACGUGGCAGACCGUGGCCGACCUGGUUAAGAUGGAGACCCACACGAUCACCGGCCUCCUUCCCAACACCAUCUACCUGUUCAUCGUCCGAGCCGUCAACGCCUACGGCCUGAGUGACCCGAGCCCCAUCUCCGAGCCCGUCAGAACUCAGGAUGUGAGUCCUACAGGUCAGGGGGUGGACCACAGGCAAGUGCAGAGGGAGCUGGGCGAGGUCGCUGUCCAGCUCCAGGACCCCGUCACGCCAUCGACGACCUCCAUUCGAGUAUCAUGGACUGUCGACCGUCAGUCUCAGUAUGUCCAGGGCUACCGCCUCUUCUACCGGCCCAGCGGGGGAACCUGGCUCCUCCAGGACAUCAACUCCCCCUCUGAGCGCAGCACCGUCCUCGGCAGCCUGCUGAAGGGAACCGAGUACGAGAUAAAGAUCCGCCCGUAUUUUGACGAGUUCCAGGGCAGGGACAGCCGGACGUUGCUGGUUCGGACCGCGGAGGAAGUCCCCAGCGCACCGCCCAGAGCCGUUACAGUGGCGACGGCCAAGCUAAGCAACAGCUCCGGCAUCAGCGUCUCCUGGGAGCCGCCACCUAGCGAGAUGCAGAAUGGCAUCAUCCAGGAGUACAGGGUUUGGUGCGUGGGCAGCGGCGGCGAUAACCAGACUCGAUACUACAUCAACAAGACGGUGGACGGCAACACGCUGUCCACGGUGCUGAAAGGCCUGAUACCGGGCACGCUCUACCGGGUGGAGGUGGCGGCGGUGACCAGCGCGGGCGUCGGCACUCGCAGUCAGCCGGUGUCCAUCCUCAUCAAGCUGCCAGCUGAACAGCCCUCGGUGGCAGGUGGAGGAGGCCCCGGCGGCGACGGCGGCGAGGAGAGCAGCGUGAGCCUGGCCGAGCAGAUCACCGACGUGGUCAAGCAGCCAGCGUUCAUCGCGGGCAUCGGCGGGGCCUGCUGGGUCAUCCUCAUGGGCUUCAGCGUCUGGAUCUACUGCCGCCGCAAGAAGAGGAAGGAGCUGAGCCACUACACGGCCUCCUUCGCCUACACACCGGCAGUUGGUUUCCCUCAUGGAGAAGGACCAGGACUCAAUGGAAGGCCUGGCGUGCUCGGAGGCAACAUGGGCAACUACCCAUGGCUGGCGGACUCUUGGCCCACCACCAACUUGGUCCACAGCGGCAAAGAGGCCGUUAACUGCUGCACCACCAACCACGACACGGCGGAGAGAUACUACAAUGAAGCGGGCAUCUCCAACUACUUGAAUCAGACGGAGAAGUACAGCAUGGGGGGCUCCACCGAAGGCCCCAUCUACAGCACCAUCGACGCCACCAGCGAAGACCUGCACAGCUUCACCUACGCCCAGCACAGCUCGCCCACGCCCUACGCCUCCACCUCCAUCAUGCCUUUCACCAACCAGACGCCGGCGCCCGGCCACGGCGGCGAGCAGCAGGACGACGGGCACUGGAUCACCCAGCCGGGGCCCUCCGGGGCUCAGUAUGCACAGCCGGACCGCUGCAGUGGCAAGCCCAAGCAGAAGGCGAUGGGUAAGGCCGUCAAGACCCCGUCUCUGACCUGGAUGGAGGCCUUGCCCCCGCCGCCCCCCGUCGGAGAGCUGGAACAGUGCGAGCAGGACAGCGAGCUCGCAGAGCACGAGGACAUGGACUUGGGCUCGGACGAGGAGUGGUGCCCCCCCCUCCCGGAGAGGACCUAUCUGAUGGAGGGCUGCGAGGACGGGCCCACGCCACCCCUGAGGAACAACGCCUCCUCCCCGGCCACCUCCUACAGCCACCAGUCCACAGCCACGCUCACCCCGUCGCCGCACGAGGAGCCGCGAGCGCCCCACGACCUUCCCCUUCCCCGCCUCAACCAGCUGGAGGGACAGCAGCUGUCACGCAGAAGGUUACCCUGCGGUCCGGUGCCAGUUCCCCAGGCACCCAGCCCGCCGCUCACCCAGUCCAACCCCAGCCUCUCUGGCCAACAGCAUCACGGCUCAUCAGAGGUUGGCACGCUGCAGUGCCAAAGUCCUGACCAUCGCUGCCUCCACAGCCAGGGGGCCGCUCCGAAUGAAGACAAUGUCAGCACAACCACACCUGUGCACUGCCGCUCAUCCCAAGCAGACUCGUGCACUCCUCCCAACCAAAAAUCAAGAGUGAAAAAAAAGGCGUCCAAGAGCUCAGCGUACAGAAGAGAUAUACAAGGAGACCUGCCUCCACCUCCGGAGCCGCCACCGGACGAGGGAAGGCUGCAGGGCCCCCAGGGGUGCACGGAGGCCAACAGCACCGCGUCCUCCCUGGAGAGGAGGGAGUACAGCAGCAACAGCCACCAGAGGAAAGGCUCGGGACAAAGACACGCUGACAACGAGGAGACGAUGCCGUACAUCAGUAAGGCCGGAUACCUCUCCAGGGGUCAGAUGUCGAGUAACUGCUCGACCACAGGAAGCUCCUCAUCCAGAGGUUCUACGGGCUCCCGGGGCCUCAACUCAGCCAGGAAACACAACGAGGAGAUGAGAUAAGGACAAGCGAUAAUUCUGCCAGCGUACCAUCGUCAUCUACCCACCCUGAUAAAGUGAGCUGAACAGGAGGAGGAGGAGGAGGAGGAGGAGGAUGGAGGAGUAGUCGAGGGCUGUAGGAACUCAUUGCCAUGGCCUUGCUGUGAAAGAAAGAACAAUGGACUUUUACAUCCUGUUUUUCGGUAUUACUGUCAUUAUUUAAGAACUAUCGGGUUCAAUCCUCUCCCAUCAUUUGUAAAUACCUGUGUCUGUGCUGUUCUUCUGUGGGAUCUGGAUACAGGGAAAGAGACGUAUAUUGUAUUUAUGAGGAUAAAAAAAAAAGUUUAAAAAAAAUUCACACAUGUUAAAAAAAAAAGCAAACAUAAAAAAACAGUCUGUUGUACAACCUACAAACAUGUCUUCUUGAAUGUGCCAACUUUUUUUGUCAAAACGUAUACUUUUUGGAAAAGCAUAAACUACUGUUGCACUCUUGUUGUGAUGGCAAAACAACAGAAAAUAUGAAGCACAAAGUGUGUUCGCUGGUUGAGAGGGGAGGUCGGAAAAGCCAAAACGAGCGGGUUCUCGCUCCCGGAAGGACGCCUCAGCCGCCCCAUCCCCCCUCCCCCCCCAAGCGCUUCCCCACCGGGAUCCCUGCACCCACGUAGUCCGCUAAGAAUGUCAUACUUUUCUAUGUGUCCUCCGGUUCCUCUGCAGCCAUGUGUUUCAGUGUGCCAGCAGACAUACAGGCUUUAUGAAAGUUUGAUUGUAACCCCUCCCUCUCCGUGUCCGUCUGAGAGACUCUUUGCUGCAGUUGUGAGAUAAAGUUUGCAUAUACUCCCUCUAAAACAAACGGAAGAAAAAAGAAAAAAAAAAAAACGUCUGUGGACUGAAUUUUUUGUACU